AUGGAGGUGGGGCAACAACGGGUCGUCUUCACUGAAUUUGUCAAUCCCUUCCUCUCGAGAGAUGACCUACCAGAUCCUGCCUGUCUUGCCAAUACUACAAGCAGCGCUGACUGGCUGGAGAAGAACUUUGGCAACUUCUCCGUCUACGCUACCUUGGAGGAUCUCCAAAGGCUGAAUGAAAAUUUCUCCAGCUUUGCAUCGUUGGCGCUGCUGAGCCCCAGCCAAGUAGCUGAACUGACACUGAGCUCCGGAGCGUUGAACAACACCAAUCAGAUCGUCGCUGUGUUUGACCGCCUGGAGAAUGGCAAUGCUUUCAAGAACGUGGAGGAGUUUCUGACGACUCUAACCGCAUCUCCUGAGAUUCCCGAUAUCGCCCCCGCUGUGAGAGACGUGAUGAUGAACCGAACAUUCGUGAUCAUUGAACUGAAGUUCCCGGAAUUUGUGGCUCAUGACUGGGAAGUGUGGUUCACCGAGAAGCUCAUCCCUGUCCUCCCCAGUUUCACCGCAGAAAUGCUGCUUAAGGUCACAGCUGGCAUCAACUGCACCAACUACCAUGUGAUCGUUGAGGGAAUGGGAGAUGUUUUCUACAAAAUGACAUUCACCAGGAGGCAGGAGAUAACCAGGGUUCUGGUGGAGCACCUGAAGCAAUUUGCCGUCCGAUUCAACAGUCCAGCUUUAAGCUGGCAGCUUUGGAAUCCCUGUCACCUGACCAGAAAGCAGAGCUCCUGUUGGAUCCGUCCACCGGUUGCUCUUGAAAAUGUGACCGUGGUGAAGGAGGUGUUGAGCAGCAUCCUGAGAGCCCCAGAUGAGAAGCAGCUAGAGAAAUUCUUUGAAACGUUCGUGGAGGUCAGCAAGGAGGAAAACAUCGCCUACAUCACAAACGCGGACGUCCGGGACGCAAUACUGAACCUGACUUUGACGGCUCUGGCUCCCAAAUUCCCUCUCUUCCAAACCAGUGACUAUGAGCUGUGGUUCCAAAUUAAUCUCGUGGUCCUGCUGGCCAGCUUCCGUCCUUCAGUUUUGGUGGUGAUCCCCGCCAACCUCACCUGCGACUCUUACGAUGCAAUAUUGAAAGGCCUGGACAACGCUUUGGUGGUUCUCCCAUCUGCAGUUGGAGCGGAGCUGAAGUCAAGCAUAGACGAACUUCGACAGUCACCACCAGAAGGCUGCACGCCUCCUCGUCCUGUGGGUUUCUGCAAAGAGACAAUAGUGGAUGAGGUGAAGCUGUGUAGUGGUGUCAACAGUGGUCGACCCGGGAGCCAGCCUCCUUCCUCGGAUCAGCUGUGCAACUUCACCAUCUCUAAUUAUGCCUGCUCAUCGGACGCAUCAUCCCUGUCCUCUGAUGCUCUCGUCACGCUGCUGACUUGCAAAGUGCCGAGCAUGAACAGCAGCGCAGAGACGUGGAAGCUUUUUUUCCAGAAAGUCGCGGGAGUUCUGGAGGUUGCUCUGUCAGCGUACUCCAACAAUAACCUCAGUGGCCAUCAGGCUGAGUCCAGUAUUCUCGAUGCCAUCGGAGAGGUGAAAGUCAACAACUUCAGCGCCGCUCAACUGACAGAUGUCAGCUUCAUUAGCGACUGGUUCCAGGGAAGGCUGAGACCAUUCUUGCCAGCGGUCUCCAGGGACUUCCUGUCCUGCCUUAGCUCCAAGAACUUCAGUUGCGACACCUACCAAGUUGUGGUGCAGGCUCUCAGUCGUCAAGCGUCCCUCAUGGAGGUGGGGCAACAACGGGUCGUCUUCACUGAAUUUGUCAAUCCCUUCCUCUCGAGAGAUGACCUACCAGAUCCUGCCUGUCUUGCCAAUACUACAAGCAGCGCUGACUGGCUGGAGAAGAACUUUGGCAACUUCUCCGUCUACGCUACCUUGGAGGAUCUCCAAAGGCUGAAUGAAAAUUUCUCCAGCUUUGCAUCGUUGGCGCUGCUGAGCCCCAGCCAAGUAGCUGAACUGACACUGAGCUCCGGAGCGUUGAACAACACCAAUCAGAUCGUCGCUGUGUUUGACCGCCUGGAGAAUGGCAAUGCUUUCAAGAACGUGGAGGAGUUUCUGACGACUCUAACCGCAUCUCCUGAGAUUCCCGAUAUCGCCCCCGCUGUGAGAGACGUGAUGAUGAACCGAACAUUCGUGAUCAUUGAACUGAAGUUCCCGGAAUUUGUGGCUCAUGACUGGGAAGUGUGGUUCACCGAGAAGCUCAUCCCUGUCCUCCCCAGUUUCACCGCAGAAAUGCUGCUUAAGGUCACAGCUGGCAUCAACUGCACCAACUACCAUGUGAUCGUUGAGGGAAUGGGAGAUGUUUUCUACAAAAUGACAUUCACCAGGAGGCAGGAGAUAACCAGGGUUCUGGUGGAGCACCUGAAGCAAUUUGCCGUCCGAUUCAACAGUCCAGAUUGCAGAAAGGACAUCGGAAACGAUGCUGAGUGGCUUGACAUCAACUUGGGUCUAUUCUCCACGGUGGCCAAUUACACAGACCUCAAGGAGCUGAACAUCAGUGGGCUGGCAGCUUUGGAAUCCCUGUCACCUGACCAGAAAGCAGAGCUCCUGUUGGAUCCGUCCACCGGUGCUCUUGAAAAUGUGACCGUGGUGAAGGAGGUGUUGAGCAGCAUCCUGAGAGCCCCAGAUGAGAAGCAGCUAGAGAAAUUCUUUGAAACGUUCGUGGAGGUCAGCAAGGAGGAAAACAUCGCCUACAUCACAAACGCGGACGUCCGGGACGCAAUACUGAACCUGACUUUGACGGCUCUGGCUCCCAAAUUCCCUCUCUUCCAAACCAGUGACUAUGAGCUGUGGUUCCAAAUUAAUCUCGUGGUCCUGCUGGCCAGCUUCCGUCCUUCAGUUUUGGUGGUGAUCCCCGCCAACCUCACCUGCGACUCUUACGAUGCAAUAUUGAAAGGCCUGGACAACGCUUUGGUGGUUCUCCCAUCUGCAGUUGGAGCGGAGCUGAAGUCAAGCAUAGACGAACUUCGACAGUCACCACCAGAAGGCUGCACGCCUCCUCGUCCUGUGGGUUUCUGCAAAGAGACAAUAGUGGAUGAGGUGAAGCUGUGUAGUGGUGUCAACAGUGGUCGACCCGGGAGCCAGCCUCCUUCCUCGGAUCAGCUGUGCAACUUCACCAUCUCUAAUUAUGCCUGCUCAUCGGACGCAUCAUCCCUGUCCUCUGAUGCUCUCGUCACGCUGCUGACUUGCAAAGUGCCGAGCAGCAUGAACAGCAGCGCAGAGACGUGGAAGCUUUUUUUCCAGAAAGUCGCGGGAGUUCUGGAGGUUGCUCUGUCAGCGUACUCCAACAAUAACCUCAGUGGCCAUCAGGCUGAGUCCAGUAUUCUCGAUGCCAUCGGAGAGGUGAAAGUCAACAACUUCAGCGCCGCUCAACUGACAGAUGUCAGCUUCAUUAGCGACUGGUUCCAGGGAAGGCUGAGACCAUUCUUGCCAGCGGUCUCCAGGGACUUCCUGUCCUGCCUUAGCUCCAAGAACUUCAGUUGCGACACCUACCAAGUUGUGGUGCAGGCUCUCAGUCGUCAAGCGUCCCUCAUGGAGGUGGGGCAACAACGGGUCGUCUUCACUGAAUUUGUCAAUCCCUUCCUCUCGAGAGAUGACCUACCAGAUCCUGCCUGUCUUGCCAAUACUACAAGCAGCGCUGACUGGCUGGAGAAGAACUUUGGCAACUUCUCCGUCUACGCUACCUUGGAGGAUCUCCAAAGGCUGAAUGAAAAUUUCUCCAGCUUUGCAUCGUUGGCGCUGCUGAGCCCCAGCCAAGUAGCUGAACUGACACUGAGCUCCGGAGCGUUGAACAACACCAAUCAGAUCGUCGCUGUGUUUGACCGCCUGGAGAAUGGCAAUGCUUUCAAGAACGUGGAGGAGUUUCUGACGACUCUAACCGCAUCUCCUGAGAUUCCCGAUAUCGCCCCCGCUGUGAGAGACGUGAUGAUGAACCGAACAUUCGUGAUCAUUGAACUGAAGUUCCCGGAAUUUGUGGCUCAUGACUGGGAAGUGUGGUUCACCGAGAAGCUCAUCCCUGUCCUCCCCAGUUUCACCGCAGAAAUGCUGCUUAAGGUCACAGCUGGCAUCAACUGCACCAACUACCAUGUGAUCGUUGAGGGAAUGGGAGAUGUUUUCUACAAAAUGACAUUCACCAGGAGGCAGGAGAUAACCAGGGUUCUGGUGGAGCACCUGAAGCAAUUUGCCGUCCGAUUCAACAGUCCAGAUUGCAGAAAGGACAUCGGAAACGAUGCUGAGUGGCUUGACAUCAACUUGGGUCUAUUCUCCACGGUGGCCAAUUACACAGACCUCAAGGAGCUGAACAUCAGUGGGCUGGCAGCUUUGGAAUCCCUGUCACCUGACCAGAAAGCAGAGCUCCUGUUGGAUCCGUCCACCGGUGCUCUUGAAAAUGUGACCGUGGUGAAGGAGGUGUUGAGCAGCAUCCUGAGAGCCCCAGAUGAGAAGCAGCUAGAGAAAUUCUUUGAAACGUUCGUGGAGGUCAGCAAGGAGGAAAACAUCGCCUACAUCACAAACGCGGACGUCCGGGACGCAAUACUGAACCUGACUUUGACGGCUCUGGCUCCCAAAUUCCCUCUCUUCCAAACCAGUGACUAUGAGCUGUGGUUCCAAAUUAAUCUCGUGGUCCUGCUGGCCAGCUUCCGUCCUUCAGUUUUGGUGGUGAUCCCCGCCAACCUCACCUGCGACUCUUACGAUGCAAUAUUGAAAGGCCUGGACAACGCUUUGGUGGUUCUCCCAUCUGCAGUUGGAGCGGAGCUGAAGUCAAGCAUAGACGAACUUCGACAGUCACCACCAGAAGGCUGCACGCCUCCUCGUCCUGUGGGUUUCUGCAAAGAGACAAUAGUGGAUGAGGUGAAGCUGUGUAGUGGUGUCAACAGUGGUCGACCCGGGAGCCAGCCUCCUUCCUCGGAUCAGCUGUGCAACUUCACCAUCUCUAAUUAUGCCUGCUCAUCGGACGCAUCAUCCCUGUCCUCUGAUGCUCUCGUCACGCUGCUGACUUGCAAAGUGCCGAGCAGCAUGAACAGCAGCGCAGAGACGUGGAAGCUUUUUUUCCAGAAAGUCGCGGGAGUUCUGGAGGUUGCUCUGUCAGCGUACUCCAACAAUAACCUCAGUGGCCAUCAGGCUGAGUCCAGUAUUCUCGAUGCCAUCGGAGAGGUGAAAGUCAACAACUUCAGCGCCGCUCAACUGACAGAUGUCAGCUUCAUUAGCGACUGGUUCCAGGGAAGGCUGAGACCAUUCUUGCCAGCGGUCUCCAGGGACUUCCUGUCCUGCCUUAGCUCCAAGAACUUCAGUUGCGACACCUACCAAGUUGUGGUGCAGGCUCUCAGUCGUCAAGCGUCCCUCAUGGAGGUGGGGCAACAACGGGUCGUCUUCACUGAAUUUGUCAAUCCCUUCCUCUCGAGAGAUGACCUACCAGAUCCUGCCUGUCUUGCCAAUACUACAAGCAGCGCUGACUGGCUGGAGAAGAACUUUGGCAACUUCUCCGUCUACGCUACCUUGGAGGAUCUCCAAAGGCUGAAUGAAAAUUUCUCCAGCUUUGCAUCGUUGGCGCUGCUGAGCCCCAGCCAAGUAGCUGAACUGACACUGAGCUCCGGAGCGUUGAACAACACCAAUCAGAUCGUCGCUGUGUUUGACCGCCUGGAGAAUGGCAAUGCUUUCAAGAACGUGGAGGAGUUUCUGACGACUCUAACCGCAUCUCCUGAGAUUCCCGAUAUCGCCCCCGCUGUGAGAGACGUGAUGAUGAACCGAACAUUCGUGAUCAUUGAACUGAAGUUCCCGGAAUUUGUGGCUCAUGACUGGGAAGUGUGGUUCACCGAGAAGCUCAUCCCUGUCCUCCCCAGUUUCACCGCAGAAAUGCUGCUUAAGGUCACAGCUGGCAUCAACUGCACCAACUACCAUGUGAUCGUUGAGGGAAUGGGAGAUGUUUUCUACAAAAUGACAUUCACCAGGAGGCAGGAGAUAACCAGGGUUCUGGUGGAGCACCUGAAGCAAUUUGCCGUCCGAUUCAACAGUCCAGAUUGCAGAAAGGACAUCGGAAACGAUGCUGAGUGGCUUGACAUCAACUUGGGUCUAUUCUCCACGGUGGCCAAUUACACAGACCUCAAGGAGCUGAACAUCAGUGGGCUGGCAGCUUUGGAAUCCCUGUCACCUGACCAGAAAGCAGAGCUCCUGUUGGAUCCGUCCACCGGUGCUCUUGAAAAUGUGACCGUGGUGAAGGAGGUGUUGAGCAGCAUCCUGAGAGCCCCAGAUGAGAAGCAGCUAGAGAAAUUCUUUGAAACGUUCGUGGAGGUCAGCAAGGAGGAAAACAUCGCCUACAUCACAAACGCGGACGUCCGGGACGCAAUACUGAACCUGACUUUGACGGCUCUGGCUCCCAAAUUCCCUCUCUUCCAAACCAGUGACUAUGAGCUGUGGUUCCAAAUUAAUCUCGUGGUCCUGCUGGCCAGCUUCCGUCCUUCAGUUUUGGUGGUGAUCCCCGCCAACCUCACCUGCGACUCUUACGAUGCAAUAUUGAAAGGCCUGGACAACGCUUUGGUGGUUCUCCCAUCUGCAGUUGGAGCGGAGCUGAAGUCAAGCAUAGACGAACUUCGACAGUCACCACCAGAAGGCUGCACGCCUCCUCGUCCUGUGGGUUUCUGCAAAGAGACAAUAGUGGAUGAGGUGAAGCUGUGUAGUGGUGUCAACAGUGGUCGACCCGGGAGCCAGCCUCCUUCCUCGGAUCAGCUGUGCAACUUCACCAUCCCUAAUUAUGCCUGCUCAUCGGACGCAUCAUCCCUGUCCUCUGAUGCUCUCGUCACGCUGCUGACUUGCAAAGUGCCGAGCAGCAUGAACAGCAGCGCAGAGACGUGGAAGCUUUUUUUCCAGAAAGUCGCGGGAGUUCUGGAGGUUGCUCUGUCAGCGUACUCCAACAAUAACCUCAGUGGCCAUCAGGCUGAGUCCAGUAUUCUCGAUGCCAUCGGAGAGGUGAAAGUCAACAACUUCAGCGCCGCUCAACUGACAGAUGUCAGCUUCAUUAGCGACUGGUUCCAGGGAAGGCUGAGACCAUUCUUGCCAGCGGUCUCCAGGGACUUCCUGUCCUGCCUUAGCUCCAAGAACUUCAGUUGCGACACCUACCAAGUUGUGGUGCAGGCUCUCAGUCGUCAAGCGUCCCUCAUGGAGGUGGGGCAACAACGGGUCGUCUUCACUGAAUUUGUCAAUCCCUUCCUCUCGAGAGAUGACCUACCAGAUCCUGCCUGUCUUGCCAAUACUACAAGCAGCGCUGACUGGCUGGAGAAGAACUUUGGCAACUUCUCCGUCUACGCUACCUUGGAGGAUCUCCAAAGGCUGAAUGAAAAUUUCUCCAGCUUUGCAUCGUUGGCGCUGCUGAGCCCCAGCCAAGUAGCUGAACUGACACUGAGCUCCGGAGCGUUGAACAACACCAAUCAGAUCGUCGCUGUGUUUGACCGCCUGGAGAAUGGCAAUGCUUUCAAGAACGUGGAGGAGUUUCUGACGACUCUAACCGCAUCUCCUGAGAUUCCCGAUAUCGCCCCCGCUGUGAGAGACGUGAUGAUGAACCGAACAUUCGUGAUCAUUGAACUGAAGUUCCCGGAAUUUGUGGCUCAUGACUGGGAAGUGUGGUUCACCGAGAAGCUCAUCCCUGUCCUCCCCAGUUUCACCGCAGAAAUGCUGCUUAAGGUCACAGCUGGCAUCAACUGCACCAACUACCAUGUGAUCGUUGAGGGAAUGGGAGAUGUUUUCUACAAAAUGACAUUCACCAGGAGGCAGGAGAUAACCAGGGUUCUGGUGGAGCACCUGAAGCAAUUUGCCGUCCGAUUCAACAGUCCAGAUUGCAGAAAGGACAUCGGAAACGAUGCUGAGUGGCUUGACAUCAACUUGGGUCUAUUCUCCACGGUGGCCAAUUACACAGACCUCAAGGAGCUGAACAUCAGUGGGCUGGCAGCUUUGGAAUCCCUGUCACCUGACCAGAAAGCAGAGCUCCUGUUGGAUCCGUCCACCGGUGCUCUUGAAAAUGUGACCGUGGUGAAGGAGGUGUUGAGCAGCAUCCUGAGAGCCCCAGAUGAGAAGCAGCUAGAGAAAUUCUUUGAAACGUUCGUGGAGGUCAGCAAGGAGGAAAACAUCGCCUACAUCACAAACGCGGACGUCCGGGACGCAAUACUGAACCUGACUUUGACGGCUCUGGCUCCCAAAUUCCCUCUCUUCCAAACCAGUGACUAUGAGCUGUGGUUCCAAAUUAAUCUCGUGGUCCUGCUGGCCAGCUUCCGUCCUUCAGUUUUGGUGGUGAUCCCCGCCAACCUCACCUGCGACUCUUACGAUGCAAUAUUGAAAGGCCUGGACAACGCUUUGGUGGUUCUCCCAUCUGCAGUUGGAGCGGAGCUGAAGUCAAGCAUAGACGAACUUCGACAGUCACCACCAGAAGGCUGCACGCCUCCUCGUCCUGUGGGUUUCUGCAAAGAGACAAUAGUGGAUGAGGUGAAGCUGUGUAGUGGUGUCAACAGUGGUCGACCCGGGAGCCAGCCUCCUUCCUCGGAUCAGCUGUGCAACUUCACCAUCCCUAAUUAUGCCUGCUCAUCGGACGCAUCAUCCCUGUCCUCUGAUGCUCUCGUCACGCUGCUGACUUGCAAAGUGCCGAGCAGCAUGAACAGCAGCGCAGAGACGUGGAAGCUUUUUUUCCAGAAAGUCGCGGGAGUUCUGGAGGUUGCUCUGUCAGCGUACUCCAACAAUAACCUCAGUGGCCAUCAGGCUGAGUCCAGUAUUCUCGAUGCCAUCGGAGAGGUGAAAGUCAACAACUUCAGCGCCGCUCAACUGACAGAUGUCAGCUUCAUUAGCGACUGGUUCCAGGGAAGGCUGAGACCAUUCUUGCCAGCGGUCUCCAGGGACUUCCUGUCCUGCCUUAGCUCCAAGAACUUCAGUUGCGACACCUACCAAGUUGUGGUGCAGGCUCUCAGUCGUCAAGCGUCCCUCAUGGAGGUGGGGCAACAACGGGUCGUCUUCACUGAAUUUGUCAAUCCCUUCCUCUCGAGAGAUGACCUACCAGAUCCUGCCUGUCUUGCCAAUACUACAAGCAGCGCUGACUGGCUGGAGAAGAACUUUGGCAACUUCUCCGUCUACGCUACCUUGGAGGAUCUCCAAAGGCUGAAUGAAAAUUUCUCCAGCUUUGCAUCGUUGGCGCUGCUGAGCCCCAGCCAAGUAGCUGAACUGACACUGAGCUCCGGAGCGUUGAACAACACCAAUCAGAUCGUCGCUGUGUUUGACCGCCUGGAGAAUGGCAAUGCUUUCAAGAACGUGGAGGAGUUUCUGACGACUCUAACCGCAUCUCCUGAGAUUCCCGAUAUCGCCCCCGCUGUGAGAGACGUGAUGAUGAACCGAACAUUCGUGAUCAUUGAACUGAAGUUCCCGGAAUUUGUGGCUCAUGACUGGGAAGUGUGGUUCACCGAGAAGCUCAUCCCUGUCCUCCCCAGUUUCACCGCAGAAAUGCUGCUUAAGGUCACAGCUGGCAUCAACUGCACCAACUACCAUGUGAUCGUUGAGGGAAUGGGAGAUGUUUUCUACAAAAUGACAUUCACCAGGAGGCAGGAGAUAACCAGGGUUCUGGUGGAGCACCUGAAGCAAUUUGCCGUCCGAUUCAACAGUCCAGAUUGCAGAAAGGACAUCGGAAACGAUGCUGAGUGGCUUGACAUCAACUUGGGUCUAUUCUCCACGGUGGCCAAUUACACAGACCUCAAGGAGCUGAACAUCAGUGGGCUGGCAGCUUUGGAAUCCCUGUCACCUGACCAGAAAGCAGAGCUCCUGUUGGAUCCGUCCACCGGUGCUCUUGAAAAUGUGACCGUGGUGAAGGAGGUGUUGAGCAGCAUCCUGAGAGCCCCAGAUGAGAAGCAGCUAGAGAAAUUCUUUGAAACGUUCGUGGAGGUCAGCAAGGAGGAAAACAUCGCCUACAUCACAAACGCGGACGUCCGGGACGCAAUACUGAACCUGACUUUGACGGCUCUGGCUCCCAAAUUCCCUCUCUUCCAAACCAGUGACUAUGAGCUGUGGUUCCAAAUUAAUCUCGUGGUCCUGCUGGCCAGCUUCCGUCCUUCAGUUUUGGUGGUGAUCCCCGCCAACCUCACCUGCGACUCUUACGAUGCAAUAUUGAAAGGCCUGGACAACGCUUUGGUGGUUCUCCCAUCUGCAGUUGGAGCGGAGCUGAAGUCAAGCAUAGACGAACUUCGACAGUCACCACCAGAAGGCUGCACGCCUCCUCGUCCUGUGGGUUUCUGCAAAGAGACAAUAGUGGAUGAGGUGAAGCUGUGUAGUGGUGUCAACAGUGGUCGACCCGGGAGCCAGCCUCCUUCCUCGGAUCAGCUGUGCAACUUCACCAUCCCUAAUUAUGCCUGCUCAUCGGACGCAUCAUCCCUGUCCUCUGAUGCUCUCGUCACGCUGCUGACUUGCAAAGUGCCGAGCAGCAUGAACAGCAGCGCAGAGACGUGGAAGCUUUUUUUCCAGAAAGUCGCGGGAGUUCUGGAGGUUGCUCUGUCAGCGUACUCCAACAAUAACCUCAGUGGCCAUCAGGCUGAGUCCAGUAUUCUCGAUGCCAUCGGAGAGGUGAAAGUCAACAACUUCAGCGCCGCUCAACUGACAGAUGUCAGCUUCAUUAGCGACUGGUUCCAGGGAAGGCUGAGACCAUUCUUGCCAGCGGUCUCCAGGGACUUCCUGUCCUGCCUUAGCUCCAAGAACUUCAGUUGCGACACCUACCAAGUUGUGGUGCAGGCUCUCAGUCGUCAAGCGUCCCUCAUGGAGGUGGGGCAACAACGGGUCGUCUUCACUGAAUUUGUCAAUCCCUUCCUCUCGAGAGAUGACCUACCAGAUCCUGCCUGUCUUGCCAAUACUACAAGCAGCGCUGACUGGCUGGAGAAGAACUUUGGCAACUUCUCCGUCUACGCUACCUUGGAGGAUCUCCAAAGGCUGAAUGAAAAUUUCUCCAGCUUUGCAUCGUUGGCGCUGCUGAGCCCCAGCCAAGUAGCUGAACUGACACUGAGCUCCGGAGCGUUGAACAACACCAAUCAGAUCGUCGCUGUGUUUGACCGCCUGGAGAAUGGCAAUGCUUUCAAGAACGUGGAGGAGUUUCUGACGACUCUAACCGCAUCUCCUGAGAUUCCCGAUAUCGCCCCCGCUGUGAGAGACGUGAUGAUGAACCGAACAUUCGUGAUCAUUGAACUGAAGUUCCCGGAAUUUGUGGCUCAUGACUGGGAAGUGUGGUUCACCGAGAAGCUCAUCCCUGUCCUCCCCAGUUUCACCGCAGAAAUGCUGCUUAAGGUCACAGCUGGCAUCAACUGCACCAACUACCAUGUGAUCGUUGAGGGAAUGGGAGAUGUUUUCUACAAAAUGACAUUCACCAGGAGGCAGGAGAUAACCAGGGUUCUGGUGGAGCACCUGAAGCAAUUUGCCGUCCGAUUCAACAGUCCAGAUUGCAGAAGGGACAUCGGAAACGAUGCUGAGUGGCUUGACAUCAACUUGGGUCUAUUCUCCACGGUGGCCAAUUACACAGACCUCAAGGAGCUGAACAUCAGUGGGCUGGCAGCUUUGGAAUCCCUGUCACCUGACCAGAAAGCAGAGCUCCUGUUGGAUCCGUCCACCGGUGCUCUUGAAAAUGUGACCGUGGUGAAGAGGUGUUGAGCAGCAUCCUGAGAGCCCCAGAUGAGAAGCAGCUAGAGAAAUUCUUUGAAACGUUCGUGGAGGUCAGCAAGGAGGAAAACAUCGCCUACAUCACAAACGCGGACGUCCGGGACGCAAUACUGAACCUGACUUUGACGGCUCUGGCUCCCAAAUUCCCUCUCUUCCAAACCAGUGACUAUGAGCUGUGGUUCCAAAUUAAUCUCGUGGUCCUGCUGGCCAGCUUCCGUCCUUCAGUUUUGGUGGUGAUCCCCGCCAACCUCACCUGCGAC